CAAUUUUUGGCCCAUUGGCUGUUCAAAUACAACGCGAACGUGGAAUAUGAAGCAAGGAAACAGGCACGGUUGGCACUUGUCGAAAAGGAACGAAAUGCCAGAGACAAUCCGGACCCCGUUGAGAACGACCCUAUCGGGAAGGAUCCCCUGGAAAAAGUACUUCACUAUUUUCUGCUUUGAUUCUUACUUUGCCGUCUCAUGUAGUCGUAUUCCAGAGGUCAGUCAGCAAUUAGAAGGCAACAAGUUCAACCAACAGUUGGAAGGAGGAUAAAGUGAAGAGCAGGCAACACUGAGGCAAAGAAUCAGAUAGUGAGGUUGUUUUGGGUCUGAAGGGUACUUGACACUCAGCACCUUAACAGCUCACUGAAACGGAGUCUGCAGGACCUGACGAUUUUGUGGGAGCCACGCCGGGUUCUGCUGAGGUGCUUGAGAGAGAUCCCUCUGAGCCACAAACCCAACAGGUUCCGGACAAGCACAAAAGUGGACCGUUGGCGAAUGAUCAGCAGGUGAAAAAAAAUCAAAACCUGUCGGGUGGUGGUGUCUCCAUGAUGGCUUGCUGUGUGUGGUGGUGGUGCUUCUGCAUGUGCAUGCAAAGUCUGCUGACAUAGAGUUAGCUAAAUGCAUGGGGUGAAAACAACUGAUAACGUAACCACUCCAGAAGCCUCAGUGUUAUCUCCAGGGUCUGACGACAUCCCGAAAGACCAGUCAAAAAUGGAAAAAACGCAGAAGGAGAAGGAACUCAUCUCGGAAGCAAUCAUGGAACCGGCCCAGGCCGCAGGGCCUGCUUCAAGCCAGGUGGACCAACACCUGGAGUUACAAAGGCAAAGGAGUCCUCUGGAGUUACAAAGGCAAAGGAGCCCUCUGCCACAUGAAAGUCCAAACCAAGAGAAGGAUGCACAUGCCGAGUCCUCCUCAGCUGAAUCUGCAAAAGUGGAGUCCACUCAAGCUGAGGUCUCCCAGGAUGAAAGCACUCUGGCUGGGAUCUCCCGGGCAGGGUAUUUACAGAUGGAGUCCACAAAAGAGGAGUCUGAACGAGUGAAAUCUUCCCAAGAUACAUUUUUACAAGAAGGAGCUGAGCAGGCGAAGCUCUCGCAGCACGAUACGUUCCAUGCAGAUUCUGCAGAGGAAGAGGUCAUGCAGGUUCACUCCACACAGGCUGAGACUUACACAACUGAUUCCUCUAAAUCUGAGGCAUCUAUGCUGAUUGAAUCCUCUCAGGCUAAAGCAUUUGAGGUGGAAUCCACAGAAAUUGAGAGUUUCCGAGAACAUACGCAGUUGGGCUCUGCGCUAGACAAGUUAGCGCAAUCUGAAUCCAUGCAGGAAGAAUCUUCACAAGCUGAGGCUUACCAAGGAGAAUCAGCACAAGUUGAGCCUACUGAGGCUGAGUCUGUGCAAGUCAAGUCCACACAGGCCAAGUCCUCCGAUGCUGAGCAAGCCCAGGUUGAAUGCACGCAGGUUGAGAAACCCCAGACAGAGUCUCCGCAGAUGAGGUCCACAUUGAUGAAUUCUGUGCAGGCCAAGACCUCCCAGGUUAAGACAGUUCAAUCCACAUCUUUGGAGAUUGACUCUACACCAGCAGACUCUGCUCAGAUCAAGACUCCUUUGUCUGAGUCUGUGCAAUAUGAGUCCCCCCAUGCCGGGUCUGCAGAGGAAGAGGUCGUGCAGGUUGACUCCACACAGGCUGAGACUUACAUAACUGAGUCCUCUAAAUCUGAGGCAUCUAUGCUGAUUGAAUCCUCUCAGGCUAAAGCAAUUGAGGUGGAAUCCACAGAAAUUGAGAGGUCCCAAGAACAUUAUACGCAGUUGGGCUCUACGCUAGACAAGUUAGCGCAAUCUGAAUCCGUUCAGGAAGAAUCUUCACAAGCUGAGGCUUACCAAGGAGAAUCAGCACAAGUUGAGCCUACUCAGGCUGAGUCUGUGCAAGUCGAGUCCACACAGACCAAGUCCUCCUAUGCUGAGCACGCCCAGGUUGAAUGCACGCAAGUUGAGACACUCCAGACAGAGUCUCCGCAGAUGAGGUCCACAUUGAUGAAUUCUGUGCAGGCCAAGCUCUCCCAGGUUAAGACAGUUCAAUCCACAUCUUUGGAGAUGGACUCUACAACAGCAGACUCUGCUCAGAUCAAGACUCCUUUGUCUGAGUCCGUGCAAAAUGAGUCCCCUCAGUCUGAGUCUUUGCAUGUGGAGUCCACAAAAGUUGAGGCCUCCCCAAUGGAAUCCACACUGUCAGUUUCUGUGCAGGCGGAGUCUGGGCAGGUGGAGGCCACACAGGUGGAUUUUGCACAAUCUGAGACAUUUCAGGCCUCCCAUAUUCAAUCUGAACAAAGUGAGACCUCCCAGGUUUUGUCCGUGCAAAUUGAGUCCACACUGGUAGAUUCUGCUCAGGCUGAGUCUGUCCAGAUGGAGUCCAUAGAGUCCGAGACCUCCCAGGUUAAGGCCAUCCAUCUUGACCGUGCACAAAUUGAGACUACUCAGUCAGUGUCUGCAUUGAUGGAAUCUACACCAGCAGACUUGACCGAGUCUGAGACUGCCACAUAUGAUUAUGCGCAAGGGGCAUCUUCCCAGGCUGAGUCUGUGCAGGUGGACUCCAUGGAGUCCGGGACCUCUGAGGUCAAAGCCUUCCAUCUUGAACCUGCACAAAUAGAGACCAAUCAGCCCAUGUCUGCAUUGAUGGAAUCUACACCAGCAGACUUGACUGAGUCUGAGACUGCCACAUAUGAAUAUGCGCAAGGGGCAUCCUCCCAGCCUCAGUCUGUGCAGAUGGAGUCCAUGGAGUCCGAGACCUCUGAGGUCAAAGCCUUCCAUCUUGAACCUGCACAAAUAGAGACCAAUCAGCCCAUGUCUGCAUUGAUGGAUCCUACACCGGCAGGCUUGACUGAGUCUGAGACUGCCACAUAUGAGUAUGCGCAAGGGGCAUCUUCCCAGGUUGAGUCUGUGCAGGUGGAGUCUUCAGUAGUUGACAUCAUCCUAACACAGCCUCUACAACACGACUCCACGCUUGUGGAGUUCACGCAGUCCGAUACAUCCCAGACUGAAACCUCCCAAACUGAAUCUGUACAAGUUGAGACCUCACAAGCUUCAUCUGCACUGUUGGAGUCCAGACUUGCAGAUUCUGGGCAGGAUGAGACCUCACAGUCCGUUCAUUCUCAGUCCAAAGCCUUCCACAUUGAAUCAAUACAAGUUGAGACCUCUACCUCUAAUCCUGAGUCUGCUCCGGUGAAAUCUGCACCAGCGGACCUUACUCAGCCCAAGACCACUACCGCUACAUCCGAGUCUGUACAAGAGGAGUCCACUGAACCAGAGUCUUCUCGAGCUGAGGUCUCCCACGUCAAAUCCAAACAUGUGGAAUCUAUGGGUUCAUUAUCCACACCUGACUUGUCUGCACAAGCCAAACUCCCCAGGACAGAAUCUUCUCAAGAUGAGGUCUCCCUUAUCAAUUUUAAACAUGUUGACUGCUCUUUGGCCGAGUCUAUGCAUUCUGUGUCCACGUUAGAACUGUCUGCACAGGUCAAAAGCUCCCAAGCUGACAUCUCCCACGCUGAAUCUAAACAAGAUGAGACCUUACCAACUGAGUCUCCACAGGUGGAUUCCUCAAUGACGGGGCCUACACAGAUCGAGGAUGCACUGCUGGAGUCGACACAGGCUGAGUCCUCCCACAUUGAAUCUGCACAGGACGAAACCUCCCAGCCUGUGUCUGCACAGGUGGAGUCCAAGCCUGAGGAGUCUGCACAGUUGGAAUCCACAGAGGGUGAGGUCCCCCAGUUCGAAACUACGCCAAUUGAGAACGCUUCUGCUGAGUCCGACCAAGCAUUGCCGAGUGACAACCAGUUGGAAAAUAAUGAAUCCGAGACGCCUAAUCAAAGUUCAUCUCCUGCUGUUCAAGACCAGGAAGAGGCAGAAGAGCAAGCUGACGAAUAACCAAAUCACUACUUUAUGGUCCAUAGAUGAAUGUGCGUGUUUGACUAUGUGAAACUCAUCCCUGCAUGUUUGCCUGAAUCAAAGAUAUCCUCAAUAGACCUAAAUAAACACUGUGUGCUUGUAAGAACACACUGGGCCAAUUUAAUGUACAGUAUGUGUUUGUGGCAAAUUACUACACGUGUUUAACCCUUUUUCAUGAUUUUGUGAUCAUGUGGCUGUGUUAAGGGAUAUUAUGUGACAUUUUGCAGGUAAUAUUUUAAAGAUUAUUAUUAUUAUUGUAUAUUUGUUUUUACAAAAUAUUAACAUUGUAAAUAUUUUAAUAUAUGCUACAUGUUUAAUACAGUUUCUUUUACUCUUACAUCUUUUAUAGUCA